AUGUUUAUUGGAUUUGAUUACAGAAAAGUACUAAGCCCUAUUAGGGGUAGGGGUAGACAAUUAUUAACUUUUUCUUCGUCAACACCUAGGAUUAUCCAAACAACUCAAAGACAUCGAAAGGUGGUCAUCUUAGACAAUGGUCUUGUGCAAAUCACUUUUUCAAAUCCAGGUGGUGAUGUUAUUGGAAUUAAAUACAACAAGAUUAAAAAUCUUCUUGAAACACAUAAUAAAUAUAGUAACAGAGGGUAUUGGGACAUUGAGUGGGGUGAAGGCACAACCAGUGGCAAAGCUAACAACUAUGACAAGAUAGAAGGAAGGCAUUUUGAGAUUAUAAAGGCAGAUGAAAAUCAAAUUGAAAUUUCAUUUGUUAAAAAAUGGAAUGACUCCUCCCAUAUUUUUCCAGUAAAUAUGGACAAACGAUAUAUAAUGUUGCGUGACUAUCCAGGAUUCUACACAUACGGCAUACUUGACCACCCUAAAGAAGCACCAGCUACACAAAUUAGUGUUGUUAGGGCUGCUUUCAAGCUUCAAGGAAAAAAGUUUAAUUACAUGGCAAUAUCCGACGACAGACAAAGAACUAUGCCAUCAGCUUUAGACCGUAUAAAGGGGCAGAAGCUUGCUUAUGCUGAAGCUGUACUAUUGACUCGUCCUACCAACCCUGAUCUUAAAGGAGAGGUUGAUGAUAAGUAUCAGUAUUCAAGUGAUCAUAAAGACAUCAGAGUACAUGGUUGGAUUAGUUCAAAUCCGUCUGUAGGCUUUUGGAUAAUCACACCAAGCCAGGAAUUUCUUACAGCUGGGCCUAUGAAGCAAGAACUUACGUCUCAUGUUGGCCCAACAUCUCUCUCUGUCUUCUUGAGUUGUCACUACGUUGGAAAGGAUUUAAUGGUGAAACUUGAGAAAGGAGAGACAUGGAGAAAAGUCUUUGGUCCUAUUUCAAUUUAUCUUAACUCGGUCUCAAACAACCCUAAUCCUCAUUCCUUAUUAUGGGAUAAUGCAAAAUCACAGGCAGAAGAGGAAGUUGCUAAAUGGCCGUAUAGCUUUAUAGAUUCUAAGGACUAUCCUCUUUCUAAUCAAAGAGGAAGCGUUACGGGUCAAUUAUAUGUAUUUGAUAGAUUUUUGAACAAGAAUAAAAUAAAGGCACAAUUUGCUUAUGUGGGAUUAGCUGCCCCGGGAAAAGUUGGAUCAUGGCAGUGGGAAAAUAAGGGCUACCAAUUUUGGAGUCAAGCAGAUAAGAAGGGGAAUUUCAUCAUAAAAAAUGUUCGACCGGGCAAUUAUAAUUUAUAUGCAUGGGCCCCUGGUGUUAUAGGAGAUUAUGUGUACAACAAAACAAUUACUAUUGAGCCAGGGAGCAAAAUAAAUUUAAAUAAUCUAGUUUAUGUACCUCCAAGAAACGGGCCUACCCUAUGGGAAAUUGGCAUUCCUGAUCGAACUGCUUCGGAGUUUUACGUGCCAGAUCCAUUGACUAAUGUCACAAAUAGACUAUUCACUAAUAAAGAAAAGCAUAGGUUCAGACAGUAUGGUUUGUGGGAUCGUUAUACUGACUUAUAUCCAGAUAAAGAUCUCAUAUAUACUAUUGGUGUGAAUGAUUAUCGAAAAGAUUGGUUCUUUGCUCAUGUUAAUAGAAAAUUACAAAAUGGGACAUACCAACAAACAACAUGGCAAGUAAAAUUUAUACUUGAAGAAGUGAUGUGGUCUAGAGAUUACACUCUUCAAUUGGCAUUAGCUUCAGCAAGUACUUCAGAUUUACAGGUUCGAUUCAAUGAGCUCAAUACGUAUCGUCCCAUAUUCUCUACACAUUUAUUGGGCAGAGAUAAUUCCAUAGCAAGACAUGGAAUCCAUGGCACAUACUGGAUCUAUAGCAUUAGUAUCUCUAGCAAUUGGCUACGCCAAGGAGAAAAUAUACUCUAUUUGACUCAAUCAAGAAGUCUUGGUCCUUUUGGAGGGAUACUUUAUGAUUAUCUUCGAUUUGAAGCCCCAUCUCAAACUCAAUAAGAUUGCUUUUAGGAUUUUUUUAGUCAAUAAGUUUUAGGUUUAUAUUUUUGUUAUUUCUCUUAUGUGUAUAUAUUUAGUUGAGGAAUAAUAUGUUUUUAAUUUUUUUUUUAUUAUUAUAACUACUGAUUAAUUUCUCAAUAUAAAAGUUUUUAUCA